AUGACUCAUUUAUAUGAGGAAAGUUUUGAUAACUUCCAAUAUCCAUAUGACGGUGAUAUUCGUAAUCAGUGCUUUUUGUUAAGACAUGGAAAUAAACCUGAAGUUGAUCCAAUCAAUAAUCAAACAUUCUCAUAUCGGCACAACAACGAACGGAAGUGCAAAGAUGAAUUCGGCCAGUCACCUUUAAACCCUCAUCUUGUCAUAAUUGUGAAGUCAAAGCUAGAUAACUUUGAGAAGAGGAAUGCCAUAAGAAAUAGUUGGGGCUUUGAACGACGAUUCUCGGAUGUGUUAAUAAAAACAGUUUUUUCAUUGGGAAUUGAUCGUGAAACUCACGACGGUUUGCCUUCAGAAACACAGAAACUUGUUGAUUUAGAAGCUGAAAAGUAUCAGGAUAUUAUUCAGUUCAAUUUUAUUGACGAAUAUUUCAACAACACCCUGAAAACAAUAAAUGGAAUUCGAUGGUGCAAGGAAAACUGCAUUCGAAGCAAAUUCUUCUUCUUUGUUGAUGAUGACUUUUAUGUCAGUGUGAAGAAUAUUCUUGCAUUUUUACGCUAUCCAACAUAUUAUCCCGAAUACUUAGAAGAGCAUAAAGAAGAUUUAAGAAAAAUUAACCAAAGAAAAAUCCACGGAAUUAAUCAAAAUGAGACAGUGAAAGUUGAAACGAGAAAUCUCCUUUAUCUUAAUAUGGAAUUGCCACCUGAUGUCAAGCUAUUUGCUGGUUUUGUAUUUGAUACUACACCUCAUCGACAUAAGAGUAGUAAAUGGUUUGUGUCGCUGAAAGAAUACAAAUAUGACAAGUGGCCAACUUAUGUGACGGCUGGAGCUUUCUUGUUAUCGCGUGAAGCCUUACAAGAAAUUUAUUGUUACAGCCUAUACACGAAACUGUUUCGGUUCGAUGACGUUUUUCUUGGCAUUGUUGCACACAAAGCUGGAAUUGAACCAAUUCAUUCCGAAGAAUUUCAUUUUUAUCAACACACAUACACUGGACCAGCAUCUUACCGCUACGUUCUAGCAGCUCAUGGUUAUGACGAUCCAAAAGAAAUGACUCGUGUAUGGAGUGAAGUUCGGGCUAAUGGAUUUGCUUAA